CUGGAGCAGAUGAGCGCAGACUAUUUAGGCGAAAGCGAGAGGAGGGGGGGAGCGCGGGGCAGGAGGAGUACCUCGGCCGAGAAAAUUAUGCAUGCAUUAGGGAAGCGCUGAAAGAAUGGCUGUGGAAGCUCUCCACUGCGGUUUGAAUCCACGGGGUAUUGAUCACCCUGCCCGGGCCGAAGGUAUUAAACUGCAGAUUGAAGGUGAAGGUGUGGAAUCUCAAUCCAUUAAAAACAAAAAUUUCCAGAAGGUGCCUGACCCCAAAGGAACCCCCAAGCGACUGCAGGCAGAAGCUGAGACGGCAAAGUCAGCUACGGUGAAGCUGUCUAAACCAGUGGCUCUAUGGACCCAGCAGGAUGUCUGCAAGUGGCUGAAGAAACAUUGUCCGAAUCAGUAUCAGAUCUACAGUGAGUCAUUCAAACAGCAUGACAUAACUGGGCGAGCCCUGCUGAGACUUACUGACAAAAAGCUUGAGAGAAUGGGGAUUGCCCAGGAGAACCUCCGGCAGCACAUCUUACAACAGGUGCUCCAGCUGAAGGUGCGGGAAGAAGUCAGAAAUCUACAGUUGCUCACACAAGGAAAUGCUGAAUGAUGCACAAGAAGCUAAUACAAGCUGCACCUGUGAGACAGGGAAGAUGGUGGAUGGAGAAAGGGUGUAUGCCUCUUAUGUCACUUUGUUUUUUGAAAUAUAUGAAUGUAUUAACUAUUUAAAUUAAUAAAAUGUUUAAACAGAAACAAGAAGGAGAAAGUGAAUUU